AUGCACUCGGCUUCCAGUAUGCUGGGAGCCGUGAAGAUGGAAGGGCACGAGCCGUCCGACUGGAGCAGCUACUAUGCCGAGCCGGAGGUAGGCACUCGCCUUUUCCGGGGGGACGUGGGGUGGCGGCGUCCGCUCUCUCCGGCCCCAACCUCGGGGCCGCUGUCCUCGCCUGCGUCCGCCCCCCACCCGCAGCCGCUCCGGGCAGCCACCUUUUCCACCCUCCUUCCACUCAAAUGGGUCUCUUUUUUAUACGACACACUGUACGGGCAGGCGGGCCUGAGCCGCGCGCGCGACCCCAAGACGUACCGGCGCAGCUACACGCACGCCAAGCCGCCCUACUCGUACAUCUCGCUCAUCACCAUGGCCAUCCAGCAGAGCCCCAACAAGAUGCUGACGCUGAGUGAGAUCUACCAGUGGAUCAUGGACCUCUUCCCCUUCUACCGGCAGAACCAGCAGCGCUGGCAGAACUCCAUCCGCCACUCGCUCUCCUUCAACGACUGCUUCCUCAAGGUGCCCCGCUCGCCCGACAAGCCCGGCAAGGGCUCCUUCUGGACCCUGCACCCCGACUCGGGCAACAUGUUCGAGAACGGCUGCUACCUGCGCCGCCAGAAGCGUUUCAAGUGCGAGAAGCAGCUGGCCCUGAAGGAGGCCGGGGGCGCCACGGGCGGGGGCAAGAAGGUGGCACCUGCGCCGGGGCAGCAGCAGCAGGCCGCGGUGCACCUGCUGGGCCCUCCCCACCACCCGGGGCUGCCGCCCGAGGCCCACCUGAAGCCCGAGCACCACUACGCCUUCAACCACCCCUUCUCCAUCAACAACCUCAUGUCCUCGGAGCAGCAGCACCAUCACAGCCACCACCACCACCAGCCCCACAAAAUGGACCUCAAGGCCUAUGAACAGGUGAUGCACUACCCGGGCUAUGGUUCCCCCAUGCCGGGAAGCCUGGCCAUGGGCCCAAUCACGAACAAAGCGGGCCUGGAAGCCUCACCCCUGGCCGCGGACACCUCCUAUUACCAGGGGGUGUACUCCCGGCCCAUUAUGAACUCCUCUUAAGAAGGCUUCGGCCUGGCUAGCCCAGACAAGAGAGAAGUGGAGGGGGGGUGGAGAGACUUUGAGGUAGGGGUGUUGGAGAGAUGCAAGGGAGAAGACAUCCAAGACACUCCCACCCCCAGGACAGCAGUCUCCCCUCACCCUCAGCAGCUCUUCCCUCCCAGAUGGGCCACACUGAUAUGUAUCAUUCAUUCUAUAUAAGGAGGGAAAGGGGACAAAAAGAUAAAGUCAAAAAAGACAGACCGAAAAAAGCUCCCCGGUUUCCACUACUAUGUAGAUGCCUGCUUCUGGAAGCAUCCUAGAAUUCUGACUUUUGUUAUCACUCUCCUCCAUUGCUGCUGUUUCAGGGAAGUCUUACUUUAUUUAAAAAAACAAACAAACCCACACAAAAAACCCUCUAUAAAAAAACAAAACAAAACAAAAAAAAUCCCACAAACUUUUUGUGACUCAGUGUAAAACAAUGUAGUUUUAACAAAGAACCAGAGAGUCGUGCUAUUGUUUAAAAAAGAGAUAAAAAAUGAUGUAAGGGUCUGUUGUUAAUGACCAAGGGGGGAAAAAUGCAUUCCUGUUCUUGAAACAGUGAAAUCCAGGUCUCGGGUCUGAUUAAUUUAUGCUUUCUGAGUGCUUUAUUUAUGGCUUAUAAAUAUGUGUUCUGGCUGCAAGGACCAGAGUCUCACAAAUCUAUAUUAAAGUGUUAUU